GACCUCUCACAAUUGGCUGCAAGUCAUAACCUACCAUUCAAAAUCACAAAGACUUGGCGUCACAGUUACCUACUAAGCUCUCAGAGGUGUUAGUUGUGCCCCAAGCAGGAUUUCGACAACUACCAUUCUUCCUUCAUUUGAAUUUUGCUGUCUAUCAUUAUGCUACAGGCAUUGUCUCCAUUAAUCUUCCAUGAUGGCAAUGCAAACACCAGCUUUCCAGUUUUCUACCCGUUCGAAGAGAUAGGGUGAACCUGAGGCUUCGGUUCAGCUCCUGUUUUAACAGCAAAUGCAGCUGGUGAUUUGUAUAUUUCUUCAGUUUCCUCACCGUUGUGCAUUAAAAUUUUGUUCUCUCAAAUCGAGUCGUCUUGCUUUUCUGCAUUAUUUUUGUUAUCAUCUGGUAAAACUGUAAGAGUAUUUUGAGAUGCACCAGUUCUGGAUCAAUCUUGAAGAAGCUGGAGCUGGGCUCUGUUUCAAGGUGUUUUGAGAUUCAUUGAGCAAUGAAGCGUGCACAUUUUUCCUGCUCAAGAGACAUUUCGAAUUCUAUGAAAAUGACAUGAGUAACUUUAGAUAUUUCCUGUGGCUUUGUUUAAAGGUUCAAAGAAUCAUAAUGAAUAUAAACCUUUAGUUUGAAAUAUAGAUAUUUAAUACUUUAAAGCACGGUUUUUUACCUUUCUAUGAUGACCCAUAAGUCUUUCCCCUUUCAAAAACUGGGAAGAAUACCUUGAAGUCCUAGUCCUAAGCUUAAAGUAAACACUUUUAUCUGUCAUUAUUAAGCUUCCAAGUUCUAAUUGUCAUUCGGCAGAUAUUAGUAAGAAAAAGGACAGCCAGAUAGCAGCCAAAUCCCAAAACAUGUGCUCGAUAUUAAAUGGAAUGAAUCAACUGAAACUCCACCUUGACAACUCUCAGUCCAUGACUUUAUCAAGUGAGAAUGAUGUGGUUGAAUGGUGUUACGCCCUUAAUUUUUUUGCACGUCUGAUGGCUUACGUUGCAGUUUUAGCGGUGAUGGUGAUAGUCAUUUUGCUGAUUUUGAAGUUUAUGACGGACUUCAGUGAUGAUGAGAGUGCUGGACAGGAUGUGAGAACAGCAACUGAAUCGGAGACUAACCCAUUAUGCUCGGAAAAGACGAUGCCAUUAACAUAUGGAACAUGUGAAGAAGAUGUAGAGACAGGAAGUUGCAGUAGCGGUGAGGAUUUAUAUGAUGGAAGGAUUUGUGUAAUUUGCUAUGAUGAGCAAAGGAAUUGUUUCUUCGUUCCUUGUGGCCAUUGUGCUACCUGCUAUGACUGUGCUCAAAGGAUAUCUGAUGGGGAAAAUAAGGUAUGCCCAGUGUGCAGAAGAGUCAUUGGCAAAGUCAGAAAACUUUUUGCUCCAUAGCACCAUCAAUUCUUCUCUUUUUCUCAAUUUUUCCCUAUGAGAGAAUUUAUUUUCUUUGCUUUGUCAAUGUUAAAGUGUUCAGAUUCAGGGUGACAUGGGAUGGCAAAGUAAAGAUCCUUGCUUGGAGCAAGUUUAAACAAA